AUGGAGAUUGUUUACAACGAACAAUGUCCAUUGGAACAGAAAAUUGAUCUUCUAGGAAGAGAUUCUGCUGAACUAGCUGCAGAUCUUGAUCGCUAUACCGAAUAUCAAGCUAAUAGGCAGAGGGUAAUUUCUAUUGUCUCAUCAUCAAUUUCAAUAUUUGCCGGGUUGGUAGGGAUAUACUUCUUUUUGGCUAUAUCAGAUAGAAAGCGUAUAUUCAGGCAUCAUUUGAUUAUCUUUUUGAUUCUAUAUGACUGGAUAAAGGCCAUAUGCUUGCUAUUGUACCCCGUACUCGUUUUGGUAACAUCGAAGGCUUAUUACGACGUAGGGUUUUGCAGGGUAGUUGGAUUUUUUACAGCAUUUUCAAUUGAAGGCUCUGAUUUUGCUAUAAUAAGCUUUGCCAUUCACCUAGCCUUGUUGGUUUAUCGACCGAACGACAGGAUCAAAAGGGGAAUUAAUUAUGAAGGUGGUUUAUACCGCUAUAGGUACAUAGUUUAUCCCGUGGAGAUAUUACUUCCAAUUGUGCUAGCGUCUUUAGCUUUUAUUGAUGGCUUAGGGUAUGCACCGUUAACCAAUUGGUGUUAUAUUCCAAGCCGUCCAAUCUGGUACAGAUUAGUCUUGAGUUGGAUUCCUCGAUAUAUAAUCAUGGUUUCCAUAAUCAUCAUAUACAUAUGCAUAUAUCAACAUGUGACAAAACAAUAUAGUAAUGUUGGCAGAAUAGUUGGUGACAAUACUAAUGAAUCCACGAUGAAACAAAAGCUUCGAAAAUUUAUGGGAUUUUUAAUGUUUUUCAGUUUCAGUCUUACCGAUGAUGAAAUUCAUAAUUCAAAUAAUGGAUUGCAAAGAGGAAAUAUAAAUACUGAGACUGUUCAACAAUUUAAAACUCGACGAAUUCAAACCCAAAGACAAAUAAGGGCUAUAUUCAUUUAUCCUAUAUCGUACAUUUUUUUAUGGAUUUUUCCCACAAUAGUUCACGGAAUGGACUUCCGAUAUGGGCUUUCUAUUCGCCCAUAUGUAUGGCUAAAUGGAAUUGCUGCGUUUAUGCAACCAUUCAAUUGCACUGUUGAUACUCUUGUGUUUUUGAUCAGAGAGAAACCUUGGAGAAUCACCACCCUUAAGGUCGAUUCGUCUCUAACUGAAAAUUACAAGUAUCCACGAUGGAGAAAAUUGCUUUCUUUUUUACCGUUAUUUAGAUUACCUGGAUCAUUGGAAACUCUGCGGUUAAAUUAUUUAGAUUCUAAGAACGAGAUAAGCACGUCAGAGAAUGCUAAUUCUCACGAGAUUUCAAGCAUUCUUUCAGAUACAAACAACACAGGUAAUAUCGGGCAUGUAUUUAGGAGGAGCUAUCCGCCUGCAAUCAUAGGUAAUGUUAUAUCUUCUGGAUCAACUGAUUCAGGUAUUGUUACUUUACAAGGUGGAAGAACAGAAAAUAAUGAAAUAAUAAAUAAUGAAGAUCAAGUAAAGCAGCCAAAUUUCCUACGUAUAUCUCAUAGUAGUCAACCAUUACCUGUGGCUACAGAUGAGGUGGGUUUUGAAGAUUUUCUUAAGGCUGGACCUAGGGAAGAAAUAGAUCCAUAA